AUGUUGUACAUACUGCACUUCAAACGUCUUGCAGUGCAUUUUUUUGUACGAGUUUCCUUCCACGCGCGCGCGUGCGUUGUGCCGGGUAAAUGGAAAUCGAUGCGUUGCGAGGGUUGCGGAAAUGCCGUGUGUUCGGAGUUUCUAUGUAGAUUGGAUGCGUGUACAAGGGGUGAACGGAGGUACAAGCGAGAGGGUUGUGUAGCAAACGAGUGCACGUGGGUAUCCGAUGUGGGUAUCGCUCAUUCAAGGCUAUGUGUUCGAGGGUCUCCUUGGAUUUGUGUAAUACAUGACACACGGUUAGGCUGUGAGCGCUCCAGGUCCAUUUUUACAGUUUCAAAACACUUUGCACGUCUUAUCUCGUUUUUUGUUAAUGACAUCAUGUUGUUUGGUCUUGUUGUACAGCACGUGAUGAGCACGUUCACAAGAUACAUAUCGUUUGCUACCCAGCAUUGUAUGAGGAUGACAACAUCGAGUCUGAAUCAUAAAGAACAUUUUUCAUAA